UGCAGUUUCUAACUUUCUUAUUACUGAUGUAAAUACUGUGAUAGCGUAUGUAAUUGAGAUAAGAAGAAAUACGUCUACUUACUUUUAUUUCUGUUGGAUGAAGAGAGCAGAACUUAAACGACAACAGUUUCUUUCGUAAACCUCAUACGGUGUAUUUAAAGGAUGACAACAUACUCUAUAAGUCUGGAUGACGUGGAUCUAGCGUUGUUGAAUAUAUCCACACACUCUAACAACAACUUCUUGAAGCAAGAGCACUACGAGUUCCAAGUUAUGAAGUCAGUACCGGAUCCCGCCAAACAAUACACAUGUCACAUAUGUGCCAUCGAAGUGCCAGUAGCAUUCGCUUACGAGCACGCCGCGAGCGCCAAACACCAAGCGAACGUUCGCAUAGCGAGUGUAGCGGCGGAGCGAAUGCGCGCGUUCAUAUCUGCUUUGCCCCCUUCGACCGUCAAACCAGCUGGACGCUUUUGUUCAAACUGCUCCAUAAUAGUGGACGAAGGCCAUGAAAAGACAAAGGAACAUCGCGCUGCUGCGCUGCUUGAUAAACUGUUAUGUGAUCUGAUGAAUGCAUAUGUUCAAGAUCACGAUGAAGCGAUAUUUAAUAAUAAAACAUGUGAAGAUAAUGUUAAUAGUAACAUUAAUGAGCUUAAACAUGUUCAAGAUGAUAAUUAUGAUGAAGCGAUAUUGAAAGAUAAUAAUAGUGGUACAAACGAACGUAGUUUUAAAACAACCGACGAAGAUAACAGAAACAGUGAUAUGGUUGCUGAAUGUAACAAUCAUACAAUAGAAGCAAUAGCUGAAGUAACAGAUGAAGAAGACCAAAUAGAGGAAAAUAGUGAAGCCACUGAUAUGACUAAUGAAUGUAAUGAAGAUGAAGAACUUAGCAUUAAUGGAACUGAACACGACAUUGAACCGACGUCCAUGAACUCUAAUACAUCCAAUGAGUAUGUCACAGAUAAAAUCAUGAUAGAUAAAGCCACUAAUGUGAGCCACAUCGAACUUUGUCAAGAAGAACUGCAACAAUUCCUUGAUGAGGAUGUGGAAUUUGAGUAUCAAGAAACAAUUAAAAUAAAUAUUCAUUUAAAUGAAUAUAAAUUAACAAACCUUGACAGUGACAAAUUUCACAGUUAUAAAAGAAAAUUAUUAAGUAAUAAUAUAGAAUGCCUAGUUUGUGAUUGCGUUUUAGGUUACGAGGAAGCAGAACGUCAUAAAUAUGAUUUUGAACACUUAUCCAGAAUCAUGAAUUUUGGAAGUGAUGGCAAUUAUAUUAGAGAGGUUAACGACUCUUACAGCCAUUGUAUUAUUUGCAACAAGGAAAUUGAAAACGUAGAUGUUGUAACACAUUUAGAGUCUACUGGCCACGACUUGUACGAAUGGAUACACACUAACACUCGUGAUAUUAAUAUUAAAGCAAAAGCCAAAGCCGUUGAAAAAAAUAGUACUGAAACCAAUGAAAGUAAUACAAGCAACCAAAUUGCUGAUCUCAAGCCUUUAGAGAAAAUUGGAGAUGCCAUUGAAUAUCCAUAUGAAAUGACCUUGGGCAAAGUAUGGUGUGUGGUUUGUGAAUGUCAAGUGCCCAGCGGUGUGCGCAACAGAGAAGAACAUAUUAAAGGCUUCAGACACCGUACGACGGUUCUUAAUAAGGUUACAACGGUAGACAAUACAGAAUAAACACAGGCAGUGAGUAACAACAACAAUGAGAAGAACAACAAAAACAUCGUAUAGCCAGUAUAGCCAGUAACAUAUUACGGGGAAGAAGCACAAAACUACGAAGAUGAUAAAGAUUGCACUUCGGGGAGUGUGCUCAAGAGCUACACGAGCUUAUUCCACCGUCCCCAUUCUACCAUCGGACUCUUAGACGCACGGCCGGUCUCCAUCCUUACUUGGUAGAUAUUCCGCGAAU